ACAAAUCUGAUUUCACAAAAUGUUAACUAGCUAAAUCCCACAAUUUGUAUGUAAAAAGAAAAACAAAUACUAAUGGCGGACGAUCCAAACAAGCCCUCAACCUCGACGAAAGCGGAUAAAACGCCGCUGUUUCCACCUGCCAAGCCUGGCAAACGGAUAGACUACGGCACAAAUGAUACACUGGAGCUUCUGGAGCGCAUACCCAGCCAAGUGGUGGAUCUCAAGCUGGACGAUGUGCUAACCGCUGUUAAGGAGGUGGACAACCUCUGCGACUAUUCGCGCUGCAAGACCAAAACGAGUCUGAUGGGCCAGGACUGUCCGCACUGCAAGAAGCGGUUCUGCUUCAAGCAUGGUCUGCCCGAGGUCCAUGGCUGUGGGGAGGACAUCAAGCGGGAAGAGCGCAAGAAAUUUAUGCACCCCAAACCAUUGAAGACAGUGCGUCACGAGGAGGAUGUCAAAAAUGCCAAAAAGCGACUGGAUGCCAAGUUGAAGGAUAUGCAAGUUGGGCGCAUGCAGAAGACGCCUGGCGGGGGCUCCAAAAAGAAAGGAAAAUAGUCUCUCAAUUUAUAGUUGUCCCCCAUCACACAAUACACACAUACACUUGCACUUUGACAGCUGAUGAAAUCAGCUGUUCUCGCGUUCUCAAAUCUUGCAGUUCAUGAAAAUAUGAUUAAAAUACAGCCUAGACAUUUAAUAAACCUGAAAAACGUUCGCUUUAA